AUGGGCUUUGGUCAGGCUGUUGUUGGCCCACCUGGCUCAGGCAAGACGACGUAUUGUUGGGGAUUGCAGCAGUAUUUUAAGGCGAUUUCUCGGCCGAUCCUGGUGGUCAAUCUUGACCCGGCAGCCGACCAGCUAUCGUAUGAGGCAGCAAUCGACAUCCGGGAACUGAUCCGACUGGAAGAAGUGAUGGAGUUCCACCGGCUGGGCCCGAACGGCUCGAUCCUCUUCUGUCUCGAAUUCCUGGAGAAGAACUUCGAUUGGUUCUCAGAAAAACUUGCCGCACUCACCUCGCCCUCAUCAACCUCAUACUCAUCUGCUGCUCCAGGUCCAUCAUCACCAUCAGCCACUCCUGCAGAGGAAAUCGAUUACAUCGUUCUCGACUUACCCGGUCAGGUCGAGAUUUCAACAGACCACGAGAGCUUAAAAAACGUGCUCCAUAAACUAGAGAAGCUAGAUUGGAGAUUAGCCGUCGUCCAAUUAACCGAUUCGACUCAUAUUGUAGAUCCCAUCAAAUACAUCUCUAUCGUACUCUUGAACCUUAAGACGAUGUUGCAUCUCGGCCUUCCUCAAGUCAACGUCCUGACUAAAAUCGAUUUGUUGAAACACUUUAACGAAGAUUUCAAACUCAAGUUAGAAUUUUACACCGACGUGCAAGAUCUUUCGUAUCUCUUACCGAUGCUCGAGAACCAAAUCUCGCCUAAAUUCACUAACCUUAACAAGGCGAUCAUUGAAUUGAUUGAAGAUUUUAAUCUGGUUGGGUUUGAAAGUUUAUGUGUAGAAGAUAAAUCAUCAAUGACAAGACUAAUUCUGACGAUCGAUAAAGCGCUAGGAUACUAUCCGAGUCAUCGACCAAGCCUGACGAACGACAGGAGUCGUCCGCUGAAUCCGGAGUGUGCACCGCCUGGCGGGGAGAAAGGAACGGGAGAGCGGGAUGCAAUGUCCAUAGAUGGCGAGCUUGGCUCGUCUUCUGGCCUGCUCAGUGAGAUCCAAGAACGGUGGAUCGAUUAUCCAGAAUUGUAUGACCAAUUCCAACGCCAGCUCUGGGCUGAUGAAUCUGAACUCGUCCUCCAAAGAGCCUCUCAACUUAACCAAAUCAACGCUAUUCAACAGAAUAAACAACAACCUUAA